GGCAUCCUGACCACGUACGCGCGCACUAUGCCAGGACUUCUGCUCGGAGAUGUAAUCCCGGAUUUCGAGGCUGCCAGCACCCACGGGAAAAUCAAACUGCACCAGUUUCUCGGGAAUUCAUGGGGAAUUCUGUUCUCUCACCCCAGAGACUACACCCCGGUGUGCACCACGGAGCUGGGCCGCGCCGUCAGGCUGUGCGCCGACUUCCGCAGACGGGGCGUAAAGAUGGUGGCGCUGUCCAUUGACACUCUGGAGGAUCAUCGCGGAUGGAGCAAGGACAUCCUGGCUUACAACAAUGAGGAGUCAGCGAGCGGCUUGCUGCCCUUUCCCAUCAUAGCAGACAGCAAACGGGAGCUGGCAGUAGCCCUGGGCAUGCUGGACCCAGAUGAGAAGGACAAAGAUGGCAUGCCUCUGACCGCCCGCUGUGUGUUUGUCAUAGGCCCCGACAAGCGGCUGAAGCUGUCACUGCUCUACCCAGCCAGCACAGGACGCAACUUUGACGAGCUCCUGCGGGUGCUCGACUCCCUCCAGCUCACAGCGGAGAGGCGGGUGGCCACACCGGCCGACUGGAAGCCUGGAGAUUGUGUGAUGGUUCCUCCCGCCAUGUCUGAGGAAGAGGCCGCCUCCAUGUUCCCUGAUGGCGUCUACAGCAAGGACCUGCCCUCCGGAAAGAAGUACCUCCGCUACACGCCAAUGUUACCCAAGCAGACCGAAAGCAAAGAAUGUAUAUACUCAACCCUGUCAAACGUGAACUCAGCAAACUAGUUGGCAAGAUUUGACAACCCAUGCAUUUACCUUUGAAUUCAUUGUAGAGUUUUAGCCUCUUUAUUUCCACGCAGAAGCACUGACAUGAGAAAUGAUGGAGCUUUUAUUUAUGCAAAUAAACUAGCUUCUGAUUCUCCUGCCA